AUGGGUUCAGAACCUCAAUUCUCGAAGUACCCGAACCUCGCCCUCGCUCAGAACAUCUUCAACAUUGCAAACAAUUCGCCCCGACAAACCCAGCAGAGUUCAUUGAAGUACAUUCAAGAUGCAAUUAAAGACCACAAAAUGGCACCGCUAUAUCGGCACCUAGCUCAUCCUACUGAAGGUAUCCUGAAUGUGAAGGGUGAGGGAAGUGCAUCAGCAGUACCUACACCCACAACUCAGCGCAAUCGAAGAGCCUCAUUGGUUUCGAGCAACCUGGUACCAUCAAAGCGCAAUGUAUCUGGAGAGGUCCUUCCGUGGGAUGAGAAGCUCUAUGACGACUUGAAGACUGAGAACGACAAAGAGCUUGAGGAAAUUCAGAAAGAGGAAGAACAGGCCCAAGAAACGGCUGGGGAAACUGAAGUACAAGCAGCCCGAAGUAAAAGAGCAGAAUUCUGGGCGCGAGUGGGAGACAAGGACAAAGCCAUAGAGUCUUACGAGGCAGUGUUCGAGAAGACUGGUCCGUUAGGCGCGAAAAUCGAUACUGUCCUCGCCAUAAUACGAAUCGGCCUCUUCUUCAACGACAAAGUCUUUGUCAAGAAGCAGGUCGACCGAGCUAACAUUCUGGUAGAAAGUGGUGGUGAUUGGGAUCGAAGAAAUAGGCUUAAGGCUUACAAGGGUCUGCAUUUACUCACGGUCCGCUCCUACAAUACUGCUGCACCACUUCUACUCGACUCUCUAUCUACGUUUACCAGCUACGAACUCUGCAGCUAUUCAGCACUAGUCAUGUAUGCAGUUUUAGCAGGAACAAUGGCUCUUAAGAGAACAGAGUUCAAGACGAAAGUUGUGGAUGCUCCUGAAAUCAAGGCUAUACUUGGCAGUGGCGACGAGAAGGUACCCAAAGAUGAAGAGAUGGAAGACAUAUCUACAGCUACACCAGAAAAGGCAACAGUAGUGAACUUGACCACGCUGGGAACAGGUCAAGGCAUGGAGAGUGCAGAAUCCGAAGCACCCAUUGACUUUUCCUCCUUGGCGUCAUUGGUUCGAAGUCUUUAUGAGGGUAAUUAUCGAGCAUUCUUCUUGGCAUUGGCUACUGUGGAAGAGACGUUCUUACUGCAGGAUCGGUAUCUGUUCGAGCACAAGGUCUGGUUUGUCAGAGAGAUGAGGCUACGAGGUUAUCAGCAGCUAUUACAGUCGUACAGAGUGGUUGGCUUGAAGGCCAUGGCGGAUGCUUUUGGAAUCAGUGUUGACUUACUGGACCGAGAUCUGGCCAAGUUCAUUGCAGGAGGACGGGUAAGCUGUACGAUCGAUAGGGUACAGGGAAUAAUUGAAACAACACGACCUGACGACAAGAACAAACAGUACGCUGAUGUGGUGAAGCAAGGUGAUGCUUUGAUUACAAAACUGCAGAAAUAUGGACAGAACGUUAGAUUGAGGGGUAGUGAGCGUACUUGA